AUGUAUGUAUCCAGUCUUACUAUUGCCACAGACGGCAGGUUCCGACGGAAGAUCAUUAAUGAUCGGUAUCUAAUAGUUAAAAAAAUAGGCGAAGGCCAAUAUGGGAAGGUUCUAUUAGCAGAAGACUUAGGUGGAAGGCAACAGCAGCAACAGAGUAGUAACAAAGAAUAUGAUACUCCAUUGUAUCAUCACCAUCACAAGCUCGUUGCUAUCAAGACGAUCAAUCGAAUAGACCGUCUUCGCUUAAUAACCAAGACAUAUCUCAGUCACACCACCAAGAUCAAACGAGAGAUCCAGAUCAUGAAGAAUUGCAGUCAUCCCAACGUGGUAAGACUUUAUGUGGUGAUAGACGAUCUCAAGUUUGAUAAGAUCCUUUUAGUAUUGGAGUACUGCAAGUUUGGAGAAAUUGAUUGGAAACAUUACAGUCAUUAUUACGAGAAAUACAACAAGCCAAUGAAUGGCAUACGACUCAAUAAGAUCCUUAGAGAUGUCCUAAACGGGUUAGAGUACCUUCAUGAUUGUCGGAAGAUUAUCCACAGAGAUUUGAAGCCGUCCAAUCUUCUUAUAAGCCACGAUAACACCAUUAAGAUCAGUGAUUUUGGUGUGAGUUUGAUCUUGGAGAAUAAUGCUAAUGAUGAUAAAGAGUUGGGGAAAACAGUAGGUACUCCAGCAUUUUAUGCUCCAGAAUUAUGUCAAUUUGUUAAUAAUAGACUUUCUAUGAUUCAGAAUCUCGAGACUUCAUCAACAUCAUCUUCAGUCAAGAUCGACUCAAGAAUAGAUAUCUGGUCCUUGGGAGUCAUCCUAUAUUGCUUAAUGUUCAAUGAACUACCGUUCAACGGGUUCAACGAGUUUGAGUUGUUCAAAAAGAUAGUCGAAGACGAUUUAAGAUUCCCCAAGUUUUGUAAGAAAUCAAAAGCCACAGAAGACGACAUGACAGAGAUCACCCAAUUGAAAGAUCUAAUCAAGAAGAUCUUGAUCAAAGAUCCAGAAAAGAGAAUAGACAUUAAAGGCAUAAAGAAUCAUCCCUUUACACUACAUGACUUAAGGUCUGCUUCUGACAAGAAGAAGUUUCUUAAGUUGAACUCAACUAUAAUACAAGAACAACUUGGAUCAGAUUCUGCAUCUUCACAGAACGGUGUUGGGUUAGCACAUAAGAUCAAAAAGUUUUUUGCUGGGAAUGAUAAGACUGCUGCUUUACCACAAGCACCAAUAUCUGCUCCAAUUAGUCAAUCAACUCCUACGCUUUUAUCUCGACCUCCAGACACAAAGACACUACAGCAAGUCGAUGAUCUUUUAGAUUCAUAUCUAGAUUCUUCCUCAGAAGACGAAUCAUACGGCAGUGUAGUUGAGAACAUCGAUACGGAUGACUUGCUUCAAGGAUUACGAGGAGAUAGCAUGGAGCAGCAGCAACAACAAUACACUAAUAGCACCAACGAAGCUUCAGUCAAUUCGGGUCUUCUUAAAUUAUCUUCGUUUGUACCUCAUGAAGAUGAGAAUAACUUAAAGACAAGACCUCCACCAUUGACAUUACUUCCUCCAGCAAUUGCAUAUAAAGAAGACGGCCAAAACAGCAAAAGUUCAGGGCCAGGUGGAUUGGAAACUCCGACUACAAACACUACAUUUAUGAUUGGAGAAGCAUCGCCGUCUUCGUUGAAGUCUGUUUUCAGUCCAGCAAGGAGGUUUAAAAACCAGAAUCGUGACAGCAACGGCAGCACCAAUAGUGGAGAAUCUGGCGAUUAUCGAAGUUCAAAGUUGAGAUCAAGUUUAUCUGAAGAGGACAAUCGUAAAGAUAAUGUCACUAUAACUUCGUUAGCAUCACCAGUGAAGAAGGAGAGUUAUAAUGCACGAGAUUUUGCCGAACCUCGAUCAUUCUUUGCAUCCGGAUCCAAAGCCACCAGUAAUAAUAUUAAUGGAAAUCUUCCAAGUAGCGGAAGCAGUACUCAUUUGUCACAGUUACUGCAGCAAGCCCUUGAAGAUGAAGAGGAUUUUGCCUUUUCCAAGCCACCAUCUUCAAGAUACAGUAAUGGAAGCGUCAUUUCCGAGUAUGGCCAUAGUCGAACCAGUUCGUUCAGUGGAAGUAAUGCGAAUGGGAGUGGGUUUGUUGGACUCAGCAGGAUUACUUCGUCCAGUUCGCUGUUGAAUUUGAACGCUUAUUUAACCGAUGAUCUGUUACCACAGAGUUUGAGUGGCUUCAACAUGGACGAGAGGCAGCAAGGACGCAGAAAGUUAUACAGUGAUGUGAUCCCACUAUCCAAAUGGAACCAAGAUGAAGAGUCUCUACAGUGCGAAUCAAGCGACGACGACGACGACGACGACGCAAAUAAUACCACAUUGGUCUUGAAGGAUAAUACCCUGGAGCCGCCAUUGUUCAACGUACUAACCAUGGAUCAAUACUUGGAUCAAUUGGAAUAG